AUGGAUCUAGCAGCAACUUCUCUGCCUGGCUAUGUGCUGGACUACGCACCGCUGGUCUGGCUACACAGCGAGGACCCGUACCGACCAUCCGGUUUCGCCCAGCAGCUCGAACACACCAGCCCGCAGGUGGACUGGAAAGUGGUCGAAGGAGCGCCCUCGCCGCUGACGCUCGACAACUUGGACAAGCUUAAUGAUCUGGGCAACACGAGCAUCUACCUGACGUCCGAAGAAGGCAUUGAUGCGGACCCGACACCGUCGUGGUUCCUCGGCGCUGAUAUCACAGCGGAGGGCAAGUCUGAUGAUGUCUCCUCGUCGAUCAUCGUGAAUGAUCACGGUGACGGCACGGUAGAUGCCUUCUAUUUCUAUUUCUAUGCGUACAACCAGGGAAACACGGUCCUGGGCAUGGAGUUCGGGAAUCACAUGGGCGACUGGGAGCACAACAUGAUCCGUUUCUCCAAUGGAGAACCCCAAGCCAUCUGGUACAGUCAGCAUGCGAACGGACAAGCAUUCAAGUACAAGGCCACGGAGAAGAAGGGCAAGCGACCGAUCGCCUAUUCCGGAAAAGGCACGCAUGCAUUGUAUUCCAUCGCCGGGAACCACGAUCACGCCAUUCCGCAUCUGAACCUCCCCUUCGGCUUCGUCGUCGACACCACCGACCAGGGAACUCUCUGGGACCCUAUCCUCAGCACAUACGCAUACAGCUACAACGCCGCGGACCAGAGCUUCAAGCCCUACGACGACAGCUACCCGGUCAGCUGGCUGAACUUCAACGGACAAUGGGGCGACGAUGCGCUCCCGGGCGGACCGGAGCUGUUUGGACAGAAGAAGUACUCCGCGGGACCCAACGGACCCAAAUUCAAGACGCUUUCCCGGACCAAGGUGUGUCCGGAUGAUCCAUGCGUUGAGCUUCCCUUCCGGAUUUGGAGCACGAUCAACUCAACGUCGGCAACGGCCUGA